GGAAAACUCCACUUUUGACCGCUGCCUUUGCACUCUGAGAGUCAGCAAAAGGCCUGGCUUGUGCUUUCUUUUAUCUCUUCUCAUUACCCGACUAUUUUAUUGGUUUGCGACUUUACUGGCGGUGUGGAUUCCCAAGAUGGCACUAACGUUGGAGGGAGAGGAGCCUGUUAAGCGUUAUUGUUCUGACAGACCCACCGCUCUCGUGUUCCCCAGAAAGUAGAUGAAAACACAAACUGACAGCUCUGCCCUUUGCUCAGCCAGAGCUACCAAACGCUUUUUAAGGGAGCACAAAUUAAAUUGGCCCAUCGGGAGCAUUUGCUUUACUGAACUGAGGCAUCUGGCCCUCUGGCUCACACAUGGCGGGAGACGACGGCUUCAUUUCAGCUGUGAAGAUGAAGAGGAAAGCGGUUAUUUCAUCUCAUGCACUUUUUUAAAUAUUGUAGUGAAAAGGCCGAAUGGUAGUUGGAUGGUCACUGCUUAGCUGCAGAAGUUGUAAAGUCUUGCUGGGAGUAGUGUCUGCAGCUCUGUUCAGGUGUCGCUGGCAAACCUUAACUGCGAACAUGUAGUCUGGAGGUGUGAGUUUCCAUUGUCCUUCUAUAUGUAAGGGGAAAAGAUUUUUGUUCCACUAUCGUGCAAAAGUGUCUGAGGCAUUUCUGUCCUCUUGGCCUGCAGAGACACUCCCACAUUGGCAGCACAGGAUGUUUUGGUCUUCUGUUAGGGCUCAUAGUGGAUGACUUAAGAUUCCGGGCAUAGCGGCGGUUAUAUGACUCACAUAAAAGUGAAUUAAACCCACAAGAGACGAGUGUGGACAAUAUGCCAACCAGCAUUCGUCAGUCGCAGACACACACACCCUCUGACCAGUCCAGUGCAGGCUGAUCAGUUGGAGGUGGACGUGUCAGAGGCUGGAGAAUAAAUAUCCACCAAAACAAUCCAUCACUCCAGCUACUUUUCCAGGAGCUCCUUGUCUUUAUAUUCUCCCUAAUGUCCAUUUAGAUGUGAUUUUACCACAUGUUCUGCCUUUUCUCUUUGGGUAUUUUAAUAAUUGAAAUGCCUUAACAAAUUUGUGUUCCCAGACUGUGAACUCUGCAGCUCAUUUUUUUUCAAGCUCAAAUGUACCUUUGUCAUCCAUUUAUCCAUCCAUCUGUCCAGCCAAUCAUUGGCUCGCCUCAUUAAUCAAGAUAAGCAGCUCAAGUAUCACCAGCUGCAUGUAAACAAGUAACACCAGAAGCAGGAGAGGAUGGGAUCGACGUGCAAGUAAGUGUGUUUUCAAGGCACUUCAUCUUGUUGCACUUCCAUCUCUCCUCACCUUUGCCCUGAAGUAGACGCUUUGGAGAUCUGGUUUUCCAGGCGGGUCGGGAGAGAUGGAUGGACACGCACUGAAGUAAGGAGAUACGAGGGAAAGAAGUGCAGGAGAGGAUCCAGGAAAGAUCCAAGGAGCCCAAACAAAGAGGCAGGAUAUGAGGGUAAGCUGAGAGCCGCAGCGUUUAGGACUGUUGGGAUUGGAUGCUGUGCUCGUCCACACACCUGCCUGGCUCUGUGCUACUGUCUCACUUCCAAGUCCUGCAUCCUGCCUCUCUGAAGAGAGCCUCCAUAUCGCAUGACUGCAGAAGCGAGACUUUACUUCGACAUGUCAGUGAUGCUGUGUUAAAUUCAAAGGGACCAGAAGGGAGAGAUGGGAGGCAGACAAAUCCACCCUCAUGCUCACAUGUUAAAUAUAAAUGAAUGUAAAGGCAUCAGUCUGCAGUGACUUUGAAUACAUACGCACACUAACUGAUCACAACAAACCCUGCUGAGGGAAGACGGGGUCAGCGCCAGGUAACCAGUCAUCGAAUGACUGGUUACCUCGACUCUUCUUAUGGUGACUAUUAUUGGCAGCUUUGUGUCACAUUGUGGCCCCGUGCCAGUAUGAAAGAAGACACUGGCUCCUCAGCAGGAAACUGUAUCCAACAAGGAUCAUUUUUUUCUGCCAUGCUUGACCCAAACUUCAGGAAAAAGUCCUCAGACACACGGGACUGCAUCAGGGAUAUAGAAAGGCUUUUAAUAAUAAUAAUAAAAACAUCCCAAAAACAGCUUUUUCAGAGAGACAAAGUCAAGCUUAUGCAAAAAUGUCUGUUUUUGUCCCCAAAAUAACCAGUAUCCAUUUCAUUUCUUUCUUUCUUCGUGCCUCACCCCUCCCUGCCUGAUCUCCACCCCUCCCUUCCUUUCACCUCUCCUCUCUUCCCUUUUUUGCUUCCCUCCUUCUGUCCCAUCCAGAUUGUAUAAAUAUCUGUGAACUGUUGGGGAGAGCUCAGUGUUGCAGACCUGAACAAGAGAAGGAAGGAGAGAAACAACUCUGGCAGCAGCAGGGAAAGAAGAGACACCUGAGAGAAGACAGAAAAGACAGAAAAUCAUCACCUGAAACUGUUUUUUUUUUUUUUUUUAGAAUAAUACAGAAAAAAAGAAGAAACAGGACAGAAAAGGGGUUUAUACAGUGAGCUUUGUGGAAGAAGUGUUUCAAGCAUGUUCCUGCUUCUCUCAUUGUGCAUGUUGGGUCUCCUGGUGAGAGGUGAAGCUCAGAGCCGAGCCUCUCUGUGGAAGGAAAACGACAGAAGUGGGCGAUGCCAGUACACCUUCACUGUGCCCAGCCCUGCAGAGAGCAGCUGCCCGCAGAUGUCGGGUCCAGAGGUGGACGGUCUGAAGGCGAGGCUCACCAUGCUGGAGGUGCUGGUGGCCCGGCUGACCGGAGGGGAGACUCAGCUCCCAGGGGGUCGCCAGGGGCCCGGAGCCAGAGCUCAGAGUGAGCUCCAGGAGACGCUGAAUCAGGCGGUGGGAGAGAGGAACCUGCUGCGGGGGGAGAAGGAGCGUCUGGAGAGGGAGGUGGAGGGGCUUCAGCGCAGGAUGGAGGAGAUGAGGAGGGAGACGGAGAGGCUGAGGAACAGACCCUGUCCUCCCCAGACCCCAGUGGUCCCACCCAGCCAGCCUCUGCAGGACAGGAGCCCCAAGAGACCCACUGGUGGCUCCAAUCCGAUGUCUCACCUGAUGACCAGGCCAAACAGGCAGGGAGACAGCAGCAGCAGCCUGAGAGAUUCAGCCUGGCAGUAUGGAGCUCCGGGUUUUCAGGAACUGAAGGCUGAGGUGACGGAGGUUCCUGCUCCUGACAGCAAUGACAACGACACAGGUUGUGGGGUGCUGGUUUCAGUCCUUGAGCCGGUUACUCACAGGAAGGCCGACAACAUCGCAGGUAAAUAUGGUAUUUGGAUGCAGGACCCUGAGGCUGUUUCUCCGUAUGGACCCAACAUGAUUUGGCGUAUCGAUGCCAUCGGCACUGAGGUGCGGCAGCUGUUUGGUUAUGAGGAUAUGGAGCAACUCUCUAAAGGCUUUCCAUCCAAGGUGCUGCUGCUGCCAGAACUAGUCGAGAGCACCGGAGCUGCUUUGUUCCGAGGCUCCCUGUAUUAUCAGAGACGUCGCAGCCGCACUCUGAUCCGCUAUGACCUGGCAUCAGAGACCAUCGCGGCCCGUCGUGACCUUCCCCACGCCGGCUUCCAUGGCCAGUUCCCGUACUCCUGGGGAGGCUACACAGAUAUCGACCUGGCUGUGGACCAGAAGGGGCUGUGGGCCGUGUACUCCACCAGCAAGGCCAAAGGGGCGAUCGUGAUCUCACAGCUCGACCCGCACAGCUUGGAGGUGAAGAAGAGCUGGGAAACCAACAUCAGGAAGAACUCCGUGGCCAACUCGUUCAUGAUCUGCGGCAGGCUGUACACCGUGGCCAGCUAUGCCGCUCCUGAAACCAUCAUCAACUACAUGUACGACACUGAAACCAGCCAAGGGAAGACUAUCGCCAUACCUUUCAGGAACAAGUACGGCUACAACAGCAUGGUUGACUAUAACCUGGCUCAGAGGAAGCUGUUUGCCUGGGACAACUUCCACAUAAUAUCCUAUGACCUCAGGCUGGGUCGCCAGCAGGCCAACUGAGGCCAACAUGAGUGACUGCUGAGAAGUGACCUUUGCUCACCUGUUCCUGCUUCAAAGACUCACAGCUUUAGAGCUUUACUUGAGUGGCCACAGUAGUUAGAAAGCCAGCACCAUCAGUUUAUACAUGUAGAAGAGCCUAACUACCAAACUGAAGACAUUUGAGGAACAGUGUCCCCGGCAGGUCUGCUUUUCUUUUUUAUUUUCUCAGUGGGAGGGCUUUUUUUUUUUUUUUUUGCUGUGGCUUGAUCCACAAACAUGUUUUUAGAGGAAUUAUUUUUCUACCGCCUUUAAUUCAGAUGUAUGAUUUUGUUGUUUUCUUGUUAUGCUAUAUUUGAGGUCUGGAAAAAAAAAGCAUAGUUCAAUUUCACUCACUAAGUGGGACAAUCAUUGCAUACAAUCUUCAACUCCCGUGGUACGACAUGCCCUAAAAUGUUUCACCAGUCAGCACCAUCUGUCAAAUAAACUGCUUCCUCACUUAGUAUGUAUUGAAUAUUGCAUGUUCUUGUACAUUGUAGUCAACAUAAUGUUCAAAACCAUCCUGAAAUAAACUUUAAAAUUCUAAAGUACAA